UUCAUUUUGUUACCCUUUUUUACUUUUGCUACUUACCUUACCUCCUUGGGGAAAGGCUAAAGCCCUAAAUCGACACACACACACACACCAGGUGAGCCUUUUCAUUCUCUCUUCUCUGCGCCCGAGUCCCUAAAUCCACACGCAUCCACUCAUCACCCUCAACUCUCAAGUUUCACUCUCCACCACCACCAAGCCGCGAACCCAGUCCAUCCUUUACCCUGACGGCACCAGACAAGGCACCAGCUACCAGUCCUUCGUUCACGUAGGCGGCACCGCCACCAAGUCUUCCUCCACCCACGACAGUGACGACACCACCAUAAGACAAAGGCAUUCCUAACAUUUUGGAAGAGCAUGGAAAACCACCAUCUGUUGGAAGCCGCUCACACAGCAGCCUUCAAAGAAUCAGAAAGUCUGGAAGGAAAAUGCUCUAAGAUUGAAGGCUACGAUUUCAAUCAGGGAGUGGACUACCCACGCUUAUUAAGCUCCAUGGUCGCUACUGGCUUCCAAGCCUCCAACCUUGGUGAUGCCAUCCAAGUUGUAAAUGAAAUGCUAGAUUGGAGACUUGCUGAUGAGACUAUAGGCGAGGACGCCAGUGAAGAGGAGAAAGUUUUAGAUUUUAGAAGCUCUGUGAGAUGUAAAGUCUUUCUGGGCUUUACUUCAAAUUUGGUUUCAUCUGGUGUUAGGGAUACAAUUCGUUAUCUAGUUGAGCAUCACAUGGUGGAUGUUUUAGUUACAACAGCUGGUGGUAUUGAAGAGGACCUUAUAAAAUGUCUUGCACCAACUUACAAAGGUGAUUUUGCUCUACCCGGAGCUUAUUUGCGCUCCAAAGGGUUGAAUCGAAUUGGUAACUUAUUGGUUCCCAAUGAUAAUUAUUGCAAGUUUGAGGAUUGGAUCAUUCCUAUUUUUGACCAGAUGUUGAAGGAGCAAAUUGACAAUAACUUGUUAUGGACACCAUCUAAGUUAAUCGCUCGCUUGGGGAAGGAGAUAAAUGACAAGAGCUCUUUCCUCUAUUGGGCUUAUAAGAACAACAUUCCUGUCUUCUGUCCCGGCAUAACAGAUGGCUCUUUGGGGGACAUGUUGUACUUUCAUUCUUUCCGCAACCCUGGUCUCAUAGUCGACGUAGUGCAAGACAUUAGGGCAAUGAAUGGUGAAGCUGUCCAUGCAAGUCCUAGAAAAACGGGAAUCAUUGUACUCGGAGGGGGUCUGCCGAAACAUCACAUAUGCAAUGCCAAUAUGAUGCGUAAUGGUGCAGAUUAUGCUGUCUUCAUCAAUACUGCACAAGAGUUUGAUGGGAGUGAUUCUGGUGCUCGUCCGGAUGAGGCAGUGUCAUGGGGUAAAAUCCGAAGUGCUGCUAAAACAGUCAAGGUCCAUUGUGAUGCAACAAUCGCCUUUCCGCUGCUGGUUGCAGAAACAUUUGCCAAGAAAUCAGUUGUCUGAGUUUUAUUUGUUUUACUUUAUUUAUUGUGAGAUGAAAAACUUUACCAUUCUUACUAUAUUAAUUACAGGCAGAAAAUGUUACGGUUUUGUUGGUCACCAGAAAUGGAGAAGGUUGGGAAGGCAAGGUUUUGCAUGGACGUUCCCAAACAACUUUUAUUGAGAACUUUAUUUAUCCAACUUAUUACUAUUGGUGGCUGUCAAACCUAAGUGUUGUUACUAAUAUAUGGUCUAAUAUUCCUAUCAA